CAAACUGUUAGUUCUUUGUCCAACUGGACCUGGUGUGAAGGUCAGCUGAAACGAAAUAGGUUACAGGUUUUUUUAAACAGAAAUUAUAAGGCCAUGGGAAUGAAAGUCAUAGAUUUGUGUCCACUGCCCACAUGCCUCAAAACCUACCACCUAAAAUUUCCAUUAUUUACAAAAAAAUCAUUAUUUUCACAAAUAAAGCAAAACUCAGUAAAAUUAGCAAUAAAAUUUUGUAUUGAUUACAAUGAAAUGGACAUAUUGCAGUGUUUUUGUCCUCAGUAUCCACAUUCAUAUGAAAUUCCAAAUUAUAUUUACCGAAAUCACAAAAUUGGCACAUAGAUCUUCAGUGAUGUGACCCUGUGAACUCGUGAUAUAUGUAAUUCCAUGGCAUGAACAGUAAUUCGUGUUUUUAUCUCUGUAUUUACAGGGUGUUAGCCAGAAAAAAAGUUUUGUCUCUAAUUCAGCCUAGAACACCAUCAUCUCGUUGAAAAUGUUAAAACACAGAUAAUUUUUCCUUCAUUGUACUUACUCUCUGUCGUGGUCAUCGAUAUUAGGCAUCAAUCUUGAGGAAAAUCACCACUGAUUGAAAUUCAUAUAAGGUGCGAAGCAACACUUGUGGUUGGGGGGGGGGGGUAGUAUGAUGGCAGCAGUCCCUAAUCAUGCUCCUAUUUGUUACGCUAAUCCUAAUGCAAUCGGUGGGUUUUCAAAAACACCACUCAUAUUCACGCAUUUAUGAAAGCCUGAUCAGCAACAAAAGCAGUAAUGGUAUCCAAGACUUUUUGUUUGUGAUAGCAUAACGUCGGUUCGAGACAACAGCACAUGACAAAUAUUUAGCAUUGUGUCUUAGCCUACGGUGUAGCCCCCAGCCUACGGUUAGCCUAUGGUGUAGACCCCAGCAUAACGUGUUUCUGCUGGGGUCUACACCGUAGGCUAAGCAAUGGUUAGAUUCGGUUAACUAUGAGUUAAAGGUAAAGGCAACAUACGUACCACGAAGGUAUGCAACUAGAAUAGAGAUUUUAUUUAAUAUGACAGUCGUGGAAUUGUAAAAGAACAGACUAGACGAUGCAGACUAUCCGAUCAAGUUUGCUUUUCGUCUUUUCCCAUUGCUAAUUUACAUAACUGAGAACAACAUUAUAUGAACCAAAACCAAACCCAAAAAUAUAAAAAUAGCUGGAAUUUACAGCAAGACCAACAACUGGUUAAUUAAAGUUUUGUUACUACAAUACUUCUCAAAAUAACUACUGUACGUGCACGACGUGUUCUGCUGACCAACGUGACCUACUAACCAACAAUUUUCUUAACAAUGUGUAAUAACUAACCAACAGUUUUCUUACCAACUAUUACCACACAGUUUUCUUACUAACAAUUAACCAGUGGAGUAGCCAGCGCAAUAUAUUCGAAGAGGUGACGCAAAUUUUCAAAUCAUUCAUUCCUUUGGAGUUAAAUGUUUUUACGCUUUAUGAACAGAACAAAAUUUGCAUCGCUCCCUCCGAGAUAUUGCACUGGCGACGCUACUGCUAUUAACAAAUGUAUCCAACUAACCAACAGUUUUCUUUCAACUAAAUUAGCUGAAAAGAUGUACAUAUACCAUUUCUUUAAAGAAUGGCGAUCAGGCAUAUAAAUAAGAGAAUAUGAAAUAAAAUUUUCAAAAAAGUGAGAUAUAUGCGAGUUAACUUGUUACACAUCAAUUCCGAAUUCCUUUCGCAACAUAUUUCGGUGUGAAAACUUCAACUUUGAUUUUUGGUCAUCUGAUACUAUGAGGCUAUCUUUAGAUACAGGAUCAGAACAUUGCUUUGCCACACAAGAUUUCUUCAAGUGGAAGUAAACGUUUUCAGGCUUUGCCGAGAAACGCAGUCCCGUAGAUCCCCGAGGUGUAUAGGCACAAAUUUGCUUCCUACCAAUUACAAUAUCGUACAGUUCGGGUGGAACUGGAUGAUGCAUGGUCGCCCGAAUCUUGUUUCCGCAGCCAUAACAAGAGGUAAUUCUUGAUCCCUCUAACCAAGUAAGGCGAAAUGGUUCCAAGGUUGGAAAUGGUACCACGCCGUCAUGACGAUCAUCGAGACCAUGAACAUCGCGUUCUUGUGCUGUAUGUGAAGCGCGGUAUCGCUGUGGCCCCGGUUUCUUGCCAGACUUCUUUGGGAUGGUAUUCUGCACGAGGUUUGAUAAGUUUGGGGUCCAUCUGGAUACUGUUUUCUCCAGAAUUCCCACAACGUGACUCACAGCUAAACUAUGAGCACAGAUUUUUCUUUCUUUGAAGCCUUCACAAUUGCAAUUUACUGCCUUCUUAGUAUUAUUUACUAUGUGUGGUUGGGAAGGAUUAGAAAGAGAGAUCACAACAUAGGUUGAGACAGCUCCAGCAACUUUCGUUACACCGUUCUUCUUUAGGAUGGUAUCAGCAUUCUUCCAGCAUGCGUGAAAAAGAGGAGGUAGGCCACUGCAUUCAAAACUGGGAAGGCCUGCCGAUUUCUGUGAUUGUGACAAAGAUUCCAAAUUUUCAUCAAUCGUAGUUGUUUGCGUUUCACCAAGCUUGUUUGCACCGGCUUUGUCUACCAUAGCAAUUUUGGCUAUCUUCUCGGCAGGUGAAAGAUCACGCCAUGUGUCUUCAUCAAUUUCCAGGUGCUGGAACUCAGGAGCGAGUCUGUAUGGCCCAUCUCCCUUCACUGCUCUGUGCACAUUUCUCUGGUACUUGACGACAAAUUGCUGCGCUAUCUCGAUAAACUCGGUGUAUGAGCACUUGGAUGGAUCUCCAGGAUUACCACGAAGUUUCUGCUUCUCGAUCUCUUUUUUCAAGCUGCCAUUAAUACUCUCUGUGCUGUUAUUGAAGUAGAACUUGUCCCCAAGUCCAGCAGCUCUUCUGAUAGGAAGAAGCAUCUUUGACUUCAUAUCAGAACUAAUGUGAACCAAGAAGUACGUAAAAAAUUCUGGUUGGUCACAUCGCGAACAAUUCUUCUCGGCUUUAUCCCAACUUUUCUUUAAAGUGCCUAUAUCACUCAUGGGAUUUUUAUGGAUUUGGAAAGAGCACAAAGAGUUAGUACAGGGGGUCUAGAUCCUUUUUUGAUAUAAAACAAUAAUUUCCGAGAUAUCGGGCCUCAAACAGGGCAUUUUGGAAAAAAAGGUGUGUUGCUCGGGUGACUGGGACUCAGGAACCGGUCUUUAGUCAAAUACUAUAAAAUCUAUUACGUUUUUGCUUAGCGGCUGACAAAAACGCAAAUAUUUCAGAGGUAAAUUGUUAUGUCUAGCUCAGAAUCGUUCUCUAGUUCUGACAAGGGCUCCUACGGUUGCCCUGAAUACGAAAUUGAGGAUGAAACAUGCGAAACGACGUCCAAUGAUGGAUAUGAAAGUGAGCCUUCGUAUGCCGUCGAGGAAGAACUACGAGACGAUGAGGACGUUUUAGCAUACGCUGACGAGCCUUUAGCUGACGAUUCGUGGGUCGAAGAAUAUAUGCAAAGACAAGAACAACAUACGCGGGAAAUAGAAGAAUUAAGUCUUCGAUUAAGCGGAGAAAACCCAGUGAGCUCUUGGUAAGAUAAGUCAAACAAUUUUCUAUUUGUAAAUAUUGUGUGGCCGCCAUAUUCACAUUGGAUUUUUCAAAAGACCACAACUAAAGUACACUGUAUACCUUUUCUAGGUGCAAUUGUGGUAACUGCAAUACCGAAAAUUUAGUAGAGGCAAAGGAAUGUCGCUGUUGCACUGAAUUACCAAACUGUGUCGCUGCAUUGUCUAUUGUAAACAAAGAUGUUUCUGAGUCUUCUGAUGACGACGCCACGAACACACAACAAAUGUGCAUCACAAAUCACCCUGGAUUCGACGCAAUUUGUCUCAACAGAUGGUCUCUGGAACUCGCUUCGGAUAAUUUUAAAACGCGUACUGGUUGAUUCAAAGGAUAGGUCAGUUUCCACUUAUAUAUUAAAAUAUAAAACAUGAUAUAUAAUUUAGAUUGUAAUCUGAAAUCAUUUUUAUCUCUAUUCCUUACUGCAACCUUUGUACUAUAAAAAGUAAAUAUAUAACCAUAUGGCUCUGUGUUUUUAGGUUUCUUCGUGUGGUGGCAUACAGACAAUUCACACGACUUGUUCAUGGCCGUUUAAAAGACAAGCGAAUACCAUUGCCAGCUUGUGCUUACCAUGCUAUCCGCACAUCCUUCAAUGAAAAGGAAGACGACUUCAAAGGAUAUGAAGAUCUGGAGGAACUGGACUAAACUUACUGUAAAUAUAUAGCACUUUAUAGCACAUAGUAACAUACUUUGAUUUAUUUUUUACUAAAACUGAAAAACACUCGGAUAAUAAUCAAUUUUAUAUAAAAAAUAUAGGGAAAGUAAGGUAUCAUAUUGCUGAUAAUGCUAAAUAAUUUCAAUAAAAACUACCGAAACAACCGAAAUAUUUAAAUAUUUACAAGUAUAAGCUAUCACUCCAUGUUUACAUGGUCACCAUUUUUAUUUUUUCAGCAUAAUCAGCAAUAUGAUACCUUACUUCCCCCCACCCCCCUGCAUGCAUAAACUAAAAGCUGGAAUUGCCUAUUGCACACUGCACUUAUUUAUUUUGGUUCUUGGGGCAAUCUUUAAACUUUUUGUGGCCUUUCAUUGGUCUCUUGCAUGCUUUGCAUUUUGGCUUGCUUCUUGUACUGUCACCAGGAUUUGAAACCACAACAGCAGGCACUAAAAUGUGUGAAAAACAAUAAUAAUGACGAAUUAAUGUAUGUUUACAUGUUGAGGAAUGAUGGCGUCAGCAGUAAUUUCAUGCAGUAAUACAAAUCAUACAUGUAUGAUAAAUCGCAGCAUGUAAAUAUACCGUUAAUUAACUUAGCAUUAAAUAUAAGGCUACUAGAGCAAGUAAACCAACCUACCAGGAUUUGUUGGUGGCACAUCAACAAUGGGCAUGCUUUCCCUUCUUUUCUUCUUCUUGAUGGCCUCGGUACGUGGCUGCUGGUCAAGCAUUUUGUUCAUUGGGGGUGGUGUUAAAUCUUUUAAUUCUUUAAUUGCCUUCUUUAAUUUUUUGUUCAAGAUUGCAUCAAUCAUUGUCUCAUAUAUUUCAUCGACAUAAUCUUCAAGAAAGGCAAUAAUAUAACAAUGUAAUUAUUAUAGGAGUGCCAAAUAGAUGGUCAAUAAGCUAUGUGCACCUCUGACUUGUACAAAUAUAGAUCUUUCUACUGAGUAAAAAGUGUUGGACAGUUGGAGUGUGAAGAGAAUGUGAUAUACAUACCAAAAUUUUGCUGCACCUUUACAUUCCUAACCACAGCCUCUCCAUUCUUGAAUUUUGGGUACACAACAUGAAGUUGUUCAACGCCAUUCUUCAUUCUGUUGCUCCGAUUUAAAUUUUUGUUAAAAUGAAUAACAGCAAGUGCAUGCCUAAAUAUUUCAAAGCAAAUUGCCUUGUUAAAUAUAUAAAACAUGCAAAAUCACUGCCAUAAUGGGUCAUUCCAGAAAACAUCCAUACCACCCCCACAGAGGAAAUUGGAAGUUAACACCCCUACCCCCUUCGGAUGUCCUAAUACAUUUACUACUAUCAGAAACAAUUUUUUCUUCCCUCCGGGGGUGGGGGUAGGGGUGGGGGGGUGGAUCUUUUCUGGAAUAACCCAAUGUUUAAUGUAUCCAUACCUGCAAAACAUUCCUCGAUAGCUGUAGCCAAUCAUUUUUGGCGAAAAUUGGUUAAGCACUGAAUGGAAUCCCUCUAGAGCACUUGUCUGAUCAAAAGGAGAUGCCUUCUUUAUACCAUUCAUCAACUUGGUAUUUGUAAGGGCAGCCAGCAUUUUCUCAUAUGCAAUGGAGUCUAUAAUGGAGAUUACAAGAACAUUUUUAUUGAAACUAUAAUUGUGCCUGCAAGUUAGGAACAUAUGCUAUUAUUCAUCUAUAUAGAUCCCAGAGGGCCUAUAUAGAACAGUUACCAUACUGUAUCAGUGUAUCACAGAUAUACAGUACAUUGUAGCUACUCACCUUCAUCUAGCCACUUGCGUGGUUGAAUCUCAUCUCCAUGUGCACACUUGUCAAAUACAGGGUUUUUGAGAUUUUUAUGCUUGUUAACAACAUGGCUGAAGAAUGAUGUGAACUUAGCCCAAAUAACAUCGCCAUUUCCAUCUUGUGUUGUCAUCGCACUCCAAAAUAAGUGGUUUGCACAUGGUUUAAUCCACUCAUUCACAAUCUCAUUUCCAUUCACUUUUCCAAUCUUUGUCAACACUUUGGUGAUUUCUAAAACACAAGAAUAUACAAAUCAAAAUACAGGUUGUAAUUCAGUGACAUAUUUCCAAAGCAUAUUUCUAGUAGAUAAAUUUGAUGGCCUUUUCUGAAACAUAUUUUCUCUCGAAUUCACAUGUUUUGAUGGGCCCAGAAUUCUUGCCCUAGGCCAGGCAGAAGUGCGUUUACACUACAAAAAUCACGUCCAAAGGUAGGCCCAGGCCAGGUUUAUGCUCGUAGUGUAAACACGGCUCUAGUAUGCUUGCAAUUAUAGAGUAGUAAAAAACUCAUUUAUUAUUUUAACAACAUACUCUUCUUUAGAUGCCAAACCUCAAAAUAAUGUUUGAUGCUUGCCAGCUUUUCCCUCAUGUGUUUAGCAAUUCCUGAAUGUCUGUCAGAAAUGAAAGUUUUCAGGAGUAAGCCAGUGCCCAGAAGAUAUUCCAUAGCCUGUACAAACCCAUGGUACUCCAUUGCAGGGCUGUUACCCACUUCAUUUCUCUAUAAAUAAAAAAUUGAAUUGUGUAAAGGUAUAUUCUUGAUGGAGAUCAGAACAUGUUUUUGCCUUAAUCCAUUCGGAUGAUUGCAAAUUUCCCCUGAAGACAGUGGUCUUAGUCUCUUACAAUUUGUACUUUUUAACAUACCUGCACCAAUGUAAAGUGAAUGAUAAAUGGCACUGUACAACAAAAUACUGUGUAGGCACAGUACUUGGCACUGUGACCCAUGCUGUCAUGCCUUCCAUCACCAGCUAUCAUCAGAUCACCUUGGCUUUUCAAUGUUGAAAUCAAUCCCUCUUGAUACUUUUUCCAAUGGAGGAAGAUCCCAGGAAAUAAUUUUUCCUACAAAUAUGAUAUACAAGUACUAUAAAACACUGCAAAACUCUCUUGGAACCUUGUACCUAACUAUCCAUGUAAGUAAACCCAUCAACUUGCAGUAAUUUACCACUGACAAGUAAAAUCAUCUGCAGUUAGACAGGGUAAAAUAAAAGGCAUAUUGUCAGCUAAAUAUUUAUUGCUACACUCACACGUUGAUGCUUGAAGAAGGUUGAAAGUGAGAUGCAUUUCAAUCCCAUUUGCUGGAAUACUCUCAGGACUUUGGUGGCUGAUGUACCAGCAACAAGUAUACCAAAUGAAAGCAAAAAAUUGCCAGCUGGAAUCAUUGUCCCUGUCAUAUAUGGUUGACUGAACCACUUGGUUGUCUUGCCACACUUCGGGUUGGCACAUAUGGAGGUCACUUCGGCCAUCGUACCAUUUUCUUGGACUUCGACAAGAGGGUUGUCACAUUUGCAGGCAUGGCAAAAUUUGAAGAGAGCGAGUAACUGUGUAAAGAACACAAUGAACUUUGGCUCUCUUCUCAAAUUGGAAUCAUUCAAAAAGAUUCUAAAAAAGUAAUUUAUUUCAAUUAUUUCAGUGACUCCUUAUAGCUUAUGUUGUGUCAACUACUCUUGCAGAAUAUAUAGUCUGUUAUAAAGUUGUGUAUCCACAUACUGAUCUUUCUACUCAUCAAUAUGGUACAUAGUCUUUCAUGUCCAGUCAUUUUUGUGAAAUGUUUCAUAUGCAUUAUGUUUACAUUUAUUAUCAGGGUUGUCCACUCACCUUUUAUGUUGCGGAUUUGUCUCAUCAUCUGUCUCAGUCUCUGUUGAUUCUUCUGGUGUUUCUUCAUCAUAGCAAUCCUCUUCAUGGAAAUCAUCUGAUGGAGGUAUUCCAAUGUCUGAGCUGCACUGUUCAUCAUCACUUACGAUUGUUGUGAGAUCACAUCUUGACGCUGUACUGGGAUGAGUUUCUUCUCCUGUGUUUUUUCACGAUCAUAAAAAGUUUGUUACUAUGGUUAAUUAUUGGUGCUGGGUCACUACAUGAUGUAUGAUCUCUACAGUAUGUGCAAUCUUAUACCCAGAGGCUACAGUGUAGGUUGAUCCUAUUGCUCUGGGUAUGAAAUUGCAGUAAUGUAAGGCCAAAAGAAAUCAGUACAUAUGACUUACCUGAAUUUUUUGCAAUUUGCAUUCUGCAAACUUCAAGCUUGUUUUUUGCAGACAGCCAAUCACUCUUGAGCCUCUUAUUUUUUAGCAACAAAGCUUUGCAAUUGCUACAUUCCCCAUGCUAUAAAAGACAAAAAUACAUUCUUGAAUUAGCCCUUUUGUAUGUUUACAACACAAGAAACUGUCAUUAGUAUAUGGGUUUGCAUGACCACUGAAAUUUGCCUUGAAAUAAAGUCUCACGUUAUUGCAUGCAAUAUGAUACAAGUCUGUUCCAAAGUCCAAAACACUCGCCUCUUUUAUUUUUUUCGAAGUUGAAGGUCCGGGUUCCUCACCAGUUGAAAGUCCUUCCUCAAAUGUUAUCUAUAAAUGUAGAUAUUAUUUAGUUGUAAAUACACCAAGAGAAUUAUACGUUUCAAAAUACAAAAUACUCACGUUUGUUGACAUCGAAGACUGAGGUUCUUCAACAGUUGGGGGUCCUUCCGCAAAUGCUAUCUAUAAAUUCGCAAGAUUUUAUAUCUUAGAUUUAAAUACAAACUAUCAAAAGUAAUAAAAUAUAUCAAUAUAAAACAAAGCCAGGGAUGGAAACGCACACGGUUUGAAUACCUAGAUUCAAACAAACACGAGAUAUAAAUACACACCUUCCCUCUGUGUUGUAUGUGCAUACUUCGUUCACUAUCCAAAGACGUCGCUUUAGGCAGCAGAGAAGGCACAGCAGUAACUCCAACUUCAUCUCGCUUAAGCUUCGGGAUCUUGUACUUUUCUACAGUGCUCGAACCGUACUCAAAACAUUCUUGCGCGAAGUGUUCAGAGCACACAACUGAACUAACACAUGGCAGCCAUUUGUCUCUUUUCCGCCGAAUGAAGUCCUCCCAUUUCUUUCGUCUGCUUCUCGCAAUUUGCCUGCUAUCGUCCCAAUAAGGUAUACGGUAUAAAGAUAUACCUUUUGUCGAACUUGCUGUGUUGUUACAGCCAUAGACAACGCAGCGUUCCGGCAUUAUUUCGAAAAAUACAAAGGAUACCACCAGAGAAAUUAUAUGUUUUUUAUUAGGAAAGACGGCGUGCUUGCAAAUUAGGUUCCUGAGUCCCAGUCCCCCGAGCAACACACCUUUUUUUUGAAAAAGGCGAAAAAUGCCCUGUUUGAGGCCCGAUAUCUCAGAAACUAUUGUUUUAUAUAAAAAAAGGAUCUAGACUUUCUAUACUAACUUUUUGUGCUCUUUCCAAAUCCAUAAAAAUCCCAUGAGUGAUAUAGGCACUUUAAACCGAAAGCUGUCGCAUGGGUCCAUUCCUUAGAAAAUAAAUACUAUCAAACGAAAAGUGCUCCUUCAACGUUAUUCAAGUGAAGAUUGGCAUAAGAUAUACGUCCUAAAGGCAAAUGCGUACCUGUUUCUUUUCUUGUUUCUCCUUUUCUUUCUUCGCUUUUUUUUCUUGUUUCUCUUUCUUCUCCUUUUUUUCUUGUUUUUCCUUUUCUUUCUUCUCUUUUCUUGCUUGGCUUUGCUUUUCUUUCUUUUCUUGUUUUCCCGUUUCUUUUUCUUCUUGUUUUCCUUUCUUUUCUGUGUCUUUCUUCUCUCCUUUAUCUUUCUUUUCCUGCUCUCUUUUGCGUUUCCUCUCGCCAUUUUCGUUCGACUUUUCUUGUUGAUUUACAUUAGCUGCAACCUUUUAAAGAUGGAAUAGUAUGGGAUAUAUAGCAGGUAUUUAGACGACUGAUAUCGUAGUUUCUUUGCAUUUAAAACAAAUACAGCAUGAAGAAAGUUAUGUUUGGUAUAUGCUCUAAAGCCUGAAACGAAACAGUGGCCGAUCCUGUAGUUGAUUGUAAACUUUUGAACGAAUUUGGUUCCCGAUAAGAACAAAAUAAGAAAUUUGGGCAAUAUUUUACUGGUUCAUAUUAAAGACAGCAAAUUUUCAGCUCACCAGGUCAGUUUUAUCCUCUUCAUCCUCUUCAUCAGUAAAUAGUUCCUGAUUUGUGGGAUCAUUGACGAAAGCGUCUUCUUUUGCCCUUAAUAUUUGUGUAUCAUCUAACAACAAAAAAGGAAUACAUUAUAUACUUACAAUGAAAUAAAUUCCCUUUUGCCAAUCAGACCAACGAACAAUUAUUUAAGUUUUCAUGCACAACAAGUGUAAAACAACCAUCCAAAUAGAAAAAUACCACUUACCAUGAACAGCAAUGAUCUUCGCUUUUAGAGGAUCUUUGCCAAACAUUAUCUCAACAAUGCUGCCUUUGCUAGUGUUGUCCCCAUUCAAAACCUUUUUUAUUUUGUUCAUCGGUACAAUAGACACAGUUUUAUCAUACUCAAAAUAAAACAACCCAUAACACGGGACCUUUAGUUGAUUUCUAAGAGACAUAUUUUUUGCUAGUGGUCUUGUAAAUUAAUGUCCACACUCGCUAACAUGCAAACCGAGUCUGAAUUCAAUGUGAGUGUUGGCCGAUAUUUAAAAUGGGCUCAUGUUCCUGUUAGUGUUUGGCAGAAUAUUGAAAUUCAUUUUAAAAUAUUUGUUAAUUUGUUUGACUUUGCGUAACAACCGCAACUAUCGUGCUGUGAUUGCCGCAAUUAAGUUAUUUCCGUUGAAUUAAGCAAGCAUUCUGAUCCAAUUAGCACGCACCCACACGAACAGAUUUUUGGAUGUCAGCUCAUUGUGCUGCAGAAGUUCACAACACAUUAGUUGUGAGCCGUGUCCUUGCACAUUUAAAGACUUUGGAUUAAGAUUGCUUAGUUUUUAAGUGCCGCAAAAACGAGUCAUAUAUAUAUAUAUAUGACUCAAACGUGUGCUUUGAGCAUCCAAUAAAGACUAUUAUUAUUAUUAUUAUUUAUUAUUAUUUUUUUUUUUAAACUUUCUCGCUGAAACGUUUCAAACAACAAAUCCAUGUCAACUUUAUGCUGACCUAUCCGGCCACAAAAGCCCGUCAAUUAUAACUGGUGACCUAUAUCGACCGGACUUACUCCUAAUUACCCCAAAUGAAGAUCUUUAUGUCGUAGAACUUACUGUCGGGUUUGAAUCUAAUCUACAUAAUAACGUUGAACGCAAAAAAGCUAAAUACAAAGAUCUAAUUGAAGAUCAAAGGGGUCACUUUAAUUCUGUUAAAUUUGUAAACCUAUAUCAAUGAGCUCUCUCGGUGUGUUUGACAAAGAAUGCUUCACCUUUUUAGAAAUGUUAGACACUAUAGGAAUGGAUAAAAAGAAGCAACAUUACUGCAUAAAAAAGAUGACGUCUUAUGCCAUUAGAGCGACGUACUAUAUUUUUUGCUGUCGAAACAAAGAGUGGACAAACCCUGAAUUGAUAAACAUUUAAAUUAAUAACUACAUAUAACAAUAUAUAUAAUCAUAUACCCAUUUUAUUCUUAUUUUUACUGUAAAUAGUACAUAUGUAGUACUCUGUGAUUCAUGUAGCCAAUUGUAAAUUACCUAAGUCAGUAUAGUGAGAUUUACAAUUGUAUAUAUACGUAAAAAAUUCAAUAAAGUUUUCAUUAUUAUUAUUAUUAUUAUUAUUACAUACUGUAUUGCAGUGAAGUUAAGAAUAUUCAUAUUUAAAAAAUUCGUGCUGUUGCCUAAGUGCAUGCAUGUGCGCCUAUCCGACGUGACUUGUUUGAAAAUCAUUGGAGUAAUGACUAAUGGGUUAAUGUAAAAUUACCCAAUGAAAUCCUUAAAAAGAAAUUAUAAAACUUGUACAAUAUAAUAUAUUUCACCUGUAAAGAAUCAUAUUGAUAUUACAAUACCGUAAUUGUUUCUGAAACAGAAAAAAUAGUAGAUCGGAUGCUUGAAAAUAUGAAAUUUAUUUCUCGUGUUGAACAGGAUAUCUCACUCGUUCGCUUCGCUCACUCGUGAGAUAUCCUGUUUAACUCUUGAGAUAUUUUUCAUAUUUUCGAAGUUCUGCAACAACUGAAGUACAACCCUUUUAACAAUGGGAAGGAUCUCGGAGUAUGCUAAAUUGCGAAUUUAUUCAAAUUUCAAGAGAAACACAAAAAUAUGUAACGUGGUUAAGGAACUCAAAGAAAAUGAUGACAUAGUGAUUAGUCGGAACACUGUCGCGCGAUGGUACAGGAAAUUCAGAGAGACCGGUUCACUGACACUGGCAGAUAAAAAAAGUAGCGGACGCCCCUCAUUGGUAAAGAAGUGCCAUAUGGAUUUCAUUGACCAGAAAUUAGAAGGAAAUGAUGAGUUGACGGCCAAAGGUAGCAUACUUUAAAGUAUAUAACCAAGACAGGCAUCUGGGGAAACCAUACAUGUUCUAAGCAUAACCUCUUACCAGAAUAGCUUCGAUUAUAUCUUUGUAAUUUCAGCUGCCCAAAUACAUGCUAGAAUCGUGUAUAAUAAACUGCAAGUCAAGAGUGUAUAUAUGUACGUUUCGGUGUUUUCCUUAAUUUAAAGCUGUUUCAGAAGAAUCAUAAAUUAACUAGGCCUACCAGUGCAUGCAUGAUAUUUUUUAAUUCAUAUAUUCUUUGAACUCACAUAUAGGACUCCAACCAUUAAUUCGCGAUCAAUUUGGAAUUGACCUGUCGAUUAGUGUGAUAAAAGCCACUCGUAAAAAGUUAGGUUGGGUAAAAAGUGGGCCGAAAUACUGCCAAGUUGUGAGAGAGGCAAAUCGCAUCGCCAGACUGGGGGUUUUGUCAACAGUUAAAAGCCCAAAAUGAAACUUUUGAGGAUGUUAUCUUUACUGACGAAUCAAGUAUAUGGCUUGAACAACAUGGAAAACUUUGCUUCCGGAAAAAACAUAUGCCUGCUAAAUUAAAACCUAAAGCAAAGCAUCCGUACAAGGUUCACGUGUGGGCGGGGAUUUCAAAACGCGGGGCAACCGAGAUUCUUCUUUUUACCGGAAUAAUGAAGAAAGAAUUUUACGUUCAAUGUAUUUUGAAAGAUGCGCUUUUUCCAUUCGUCAAGAAGAAAUUUCCAAAUGGAUACCGCUUUAUCCAGGAUAAUGAUCCCAAACACAAAAGUAUGUUGUUGACACAAAAGCUAAGUAUGUUUGAAUUGACUCACUGAAAAAUAUAUAGGAUUACAAUUUAAUGCGGUUUAAAUUGCUUAAUUUCAGGUCAUUUGGCAAUGAAUUACAUAAAAGACAACCUUAUUUAUUGGCCUACACCUGCUGAGAGUCCUGAUUUAAAUCCCAUUGAAAUGAUGUGGCAUGAACUGAAGAGUUUUCUUCGUCGGAUCAUAAAGCCCAAAAACAAAGACGAACUCGUAAAUGGUAUACGUCUGUUUUGGAAAUCUGUAACACCAGAAAAAUGCCAGCGUUAUAUCAAUCACUUGCAUAAGGUUAUUCCUGCAGUAAUUGAAUGGGAAGGCAAAGCAUCUGGACACUAAAUUGUAGUUUUAUAUUUGCUUAAAAGACUCGAAUAAAAGCAUUUCGUGUAUUCAAUGUUUGAGUAAUCAACAAGACUGAGACACGACCGGCACGGUAAUAUUUCGCUGUUUUCACGGUAAUAUAUGCAACUGAAAAAUCGAAAUAUAUAACCGUGUGAUAUUUUGUUGAGUUCAUCUCGAGUGCACAAGGUGCUUUUAUUCGGAGUACAGUGGCUAUGUUUUAUUCUACAUUUCUUAAAGUUAUUUCAAAUCUUAUCUUACAUAAGGUCAAGGAAAUUCUGGGUUAAGGCGCGAUGAGGGCGCAUUUAUCACACAAGCAUGAGUUACAUAAAUUGCGCGUAAACAAGUCUCAUAAUAGAUACAGCGCGUUUCAGAAACCGCAAAUGUAAGGCAAAUAGGAAAAAAAUAACGAUAAUCCUUUUUAAUUAAACGUGAGAAAUGGAAAUAACUUCCUGUGGUCAAAACAUGCAAAGUUCUAUUAAUUCUAUUGACUCUAAAUUGUGAUUUGUAAACUUGACGGUUAGUAUUAAACAAAAAAUAAAUUAUUUAGAUACAAUUGCAUUCAUUCAACAUGUUGCUACCAUUAUAUAAUUAUAGACACAGGUAGACAUUGGUGUCAAAAGGCACAGUUUCGCGCCACACUCGAAGAUUGCGCCAAUAUGCAUAGCAAAAGCGCAUGCAUAAUAAUUAAAAGAGAUUUUAUCUUGGAAGUCCAUGGAUAAAUGUUUACACAAAACAUUUUUUCCCCAUUAUAUACUCAUGAAAGACAUAUAUUACAUAUCGUAUAGACGUAUGAAUACAUCGCACGUCAUGCCAGACUGUUAAGUAUUAUUUUUGCGCGGGGAACUUUUCCGUAUAGUAAAUGGCAGUUGCGUGGAAAUGAAGGCAGAACAUUUGAUAAUGGUUGCAUAACUUCCACAAGGUGUCACACCAUGGUUGGCGUCGAGCGGGAAAAUUUGGAUGGAAUCUCUAUAGAUCGUCUGCAAUGGCAUUUUCAGAUAAGUCCCAACACAUAAGAGACAAAAUAAGUCAUUAGUUCAUCAAAAAUAUGCAGAUUUAGUACGAUUUUCUUGAAAAUGCGCGGACAGAAAUUCAGCGGCUAAAAUUUCUGCGCGGGGAACGCGGCAGGCCGAACUUGACAGUCAUAUAGGCUGAUAUAGCCAAGCAGUUCUGUCUAUAAUUUCAAAAGCGUUUAUGCCAUAAGUUUGUAUUGUUAACACUCGACGACCAUGCACCACAAGUGGCUGGGCUAUGAUUUGCACAAAUUCGCACCAGGUCUCACGUAGAUUAUUAUGAAUAUAAAUCGACGCUAGAAACCAAACAAACCUGCACUGCUGCUUUGCAUUUGUUAAACACUUCGAAUUACUCUUUAAUCGUUGAUAUAGCAAUGUCGAUUGUACGAUGAAAGAAUGUGUAGUGCGAUAAAUAUAAGUACAAGGUUUACUGAUUUCGGAUCUGCAGGUUUUUACAUUCCUUUUGAUAAUGUAUACAUUGCAAUGAAAGACAAAUCUAUAAGCACAUUAAAGUAGGUAUUAGUAUACGUAUGUUUUGACAUGUUUACAUAUUUUGAUCAGUUGUAACUAUUUUAAUCUCUAGAUUAUUGUCCUAGUUGGUAAAUUCAAUGUAGGCAAUGAAGUUAAUGAACUAAUAUUGGUAUUUCUUUUUGCUUGAUUAAGUUAUUUAUGUUAAAACACAAUCACUAUAAUUAGGGAGGCAUCUCGUACGUCUAUGCAAGUCAAAGUGUGAAAACAUGCGCAUGCCAAGCCUUGAUCUGUUAUAUGUCCAUGUCACUUGUCGUACACCAAGCCAAAACGCUGCGUGCAAACUGACAGCAAAAAUUGAUCACGGAAGGAUAUCUUGAUUAGAAAACUGACUGUCGGCCUUUUGCUUUUCCAUUUUUAUUUUUUAAGCGCAGUAUAAUCACGCAAAAGACCAAAUGCUCAUAAUUAGACUACAAGUAACCUUGCAAUAAUCGUUGCUAACAAUUUACACAUGCCUGUAAAUUUAGUUUAAAAUUUACGUUUGUGAAAAUCCCCCACAAGGUCCACAAGAAAAACAACAAGGAAAUCUAAUGACCAUAUGCUGUACCAUCAGAAUUCCACGUCAUCUUGAUGCAUUUAACUGUAAAUUUCAGUGCAAAAACUGCAAAUGCGUACAACUGAAUCAUUGCUUUCCAUAGACGUAGGCACACAGUGUAUAAGUAUCUUUAUAUUUAAUACCAUCAAAUAUACAUUAAAUUAUUGAAAUUUUAUAUUUAAUUAACAUAGACAUAGUAACUUCAACACUCUAAUGGUCGCGAUUGAUACAACUUGUAAAUAAGUUUAAUUGCUCUGAAGAUGUUGUACAACGAAACGUUAGUUAAUAUAUUUUAUAUUUUGUUAUGUCUUGUCUGAAAGUCAUUUGCUGGGCUUUAAUUUUCAUUUUUAAAUUACUCUAAUGGUCAUUGAAAAGCGCUUUUAUGGCGGCUAUAUAUAUGACAAAAACUGCCUUAAUGGCAAGCGUUUAUGCCCCGCCCUAUAUGCUGUCAAAAGUUAGAAUAUGUUUUACACAUAUUACUGUAGGUCAGUAAUACUCGCACGAUAGUGUUUCCAGUGCGCCUCGGAGACUACUUCAAUUACUAGUAACCGCUAUUGACUAUUGUUGCGGGACUUAUUUGAACACAAAGUACAAAAUCCAAAUCCACUAAUUAUUAAACCAACCAAGUCCUAUUUUCAACAUGCGUUACAUACAGAGUUGAACUAUUAGAACUAAAAGCUCUUUCCACUCUGUAAAAACAAAUUGGUUAAAUUUUAACCGAUUUCUGUUUAUACAGUGCUAUUUAUUUUACAUCUCACAUCAGCAUUUCAUCAUUUGGAAGUUGGAACGGAAAUACUAUUUUGUUGCAUCAACAGCUGUUUCACUGUAAAAACCUUCAAAGUUGCAAUGACUGUUGACAUUCUUGUCAUGCUAUCAAUUGGGAAAUCCGCUCACCAAUGAGUGAGAAACGGUUAAAGUCCUUGCUUCAAUCCUAGGUUGGUCGUAUCAUUUUUUGCGUAUAUUCACCAGAAGACCUGCAUAUUUAUCACGUACUCGAGAACGUGGUUGCAUCUGGACACGGUUAAAUUUCGGCCAAAAAAUUACAAGAACGUGACCGGAACGCGGGCUGGCCGAAGGUGCACGCGUCCAUUGAACGCGUUCCGGACACAGGUAAAAACGCGGGGGAGUGCUUCAAUACUUCUGAGCGGUACUGUAUGUAUGGAUUCUCUAUUGGAGGCCAGAACCACACCAAGUUCAGACUCCAUAUAAUUCCCAUAGAUAUGGGAAGUAUAUGGCACAACCAAGUGUGGACUACCAUAUAAUUCCCAUAUAUGGGAAUUAUAUGGGACAACCAAGUGUGUACUACCAUAUAAUUCCCAUAGGUAUGGGAAGUAUAUGGGACAACCAAGUGUGGACUACCAUAUAAUUCCCAUAGAAUUGGUUAUAUGUAAAAGCAUGUCAUUGAUAUGGAUUACCUAUGGACCAAGUAACCCCACAGAUUUCCCAUAGGAUUAAUAGCAAUGUGUUUGUUUCCAUAGCUUUUCCAUAUCUCAAUAUUUAACAAAUUUAGACACCAUACCAAUCCCACAUGAUAUCUAUAUUGUCCCAUAUCAUGCCCACAUAUGGGUCAUAUAUGGCCCAAACUUUGCCAUAUCUUUCCCAUACUUUUGCUUUGGUAAGGGUUGAGAUCCAACAUUGAUAGAGAACACCAUAAACUCUAUCAGGAGGCAGUGGAACUUGCAGCUACAAUUGGGCUUGACCCCUGUAAGCCUAGAAUUAUUCCAGUGCAAGCACAUAGAAAUAAUAAUCCAUCAGAUUCUAUUGAAGGGCAUUAUAGACUUAAUCUUUCUGUUGUUUUUCUUGAUCAUGCUUUAAAUCAACUUGAAACUAGGUUCCCUCCUGAAGCCUAUACAUGUUACAGUGGGUUUUCUAUAGUUCCCACUGUUAUGUUGGCAAACCCAUCCACAUGGAAAAAUUCUGUUACACUAUUUUGCCAACAUUAUUCUAGUGACAUCCCAAAUGUCAUUGGUUUGCCUGCCGAAUUAACUUUAUGGCAAAGAAGAUGGGAAGAUAAGGUUGAGGAAGUUGGUAUAGACAAACUUCCUGACAGGGUAUCCAAAACACUAAUAUCUGUAGACCCUGUAGCUUUUCCAAAUAUUUUUACUGUAUUAAAGAUAUUGGCAACUAUUCCUGUCACCUCCUGUAGCUGUGAAAGGUCAAUUUCAUCUCUCAGACUUCUUAAGAACUAUUUAAGGAACACUACAGGCCAGGAAAGACUAAAUGGUUUGACCCUAAUGCAUGCACAUAAGGCAAUUUCUCUGGAUUAUGAACAGAUCAUUGAUCUGUUUGCUAGCCUUCAUCCAAGAAGAAUGAGAAUGGUGCAUAUUUUAUGUAGUGAUGACUAAAUUGACUAAUUAUUCAUGACUAUAUGACAUGUUAAUUUAUGUACAAAUGUGCAUGAUUAAUUGAAUAUUAAAUGCACAUACAGUAUAUAUUUGAUCAAAUGCAUACAGCCAUAAAGAACAAUAUUAAGCUAGCAACUUAAUACACAUGAAUUCAUAAAAUGUUUCACAUUUUGUUAGGCACAUUUGUAUGUGUUUUAAAUAUUUCCCGAUAAUCCCAUCUUUGACUUCUAAGUUUCUUCUUUGGAAGUGGUGGUUUGCUUUGACAUAUACUGAAUAACUGAAAUGUUACUUUGCUAACAAUGGUCAACUGCAUACGAUUCAGAUCAUCCAGUGAUAUCCUAAGAUGUUGUAUAACUUUGAAAGAACAGUGGUAGUUGUGUGCCAAUUGUCAUUGUCAUCUUACAUUACCAGUGAUGUAAGUACUCGUUACUAAAGUAACACGUUACUAAUUACUAAUUACUUUUUGGGUAAUUUUUUGUUAAUUAAUUACUUUUUGCACCAAAGUAAUUUGUAACGUAAUCAAUUACUUUUUGAAGGUAACGAGUAACAUUUUAAAGAAUGUAAUUUGCGUUACUUUUGGGCACUUUUAUUAUUUUCCAAAAAAACGACGAUGACGAUGAAUUUCUCAAGUCAAAGAAGAAGGCAACCAAAUCGCCUUUAGAUACCUGCUUGGCUUUAAACAUUAUUGAUGCCACAGUUUACAAUGGACACUGUGCUGCACCUUUGAAGCAAAUGGCUUUGAAGUUAAACACCGUAUUGCCUGCAAGUGCAGCUGUUGAACGUCUUCUCAGCUGUGGAGGCUUGAUCAGUUAACUGGUGACCAUUUUGAGUCGGCACUACUCUUAAAGCUGAACUCCAAAUUUAAUACCAUUGCAUGAGUCUUAACUCUUAACUUUGGAACUGCCUUUUGAAUUAACAUUUUGUUGUUGUUUAAGUCCAUGAGAACUUGAAAGUAAUUUCAAAGUAAUUAGUAAUUAAUUACUUUUCAAAAAUGUAAUUAGUAAUCGGUAAUUAAUUACAUUUGAGAGACAGUAAUAAGUAAUUAGUAAUAAUUACUUUUUUGGAGAAGUAAUUGUAAUUUUACUCGUUACUUUUUUUUGGUAAUUUUCACAUCACUGUACAUUACUGACAUGAAGUCACAGUGAAGAUAGCAGAAGAACAAAUGAACAAUGACAUAUUCAUAUUGAUCAUUGACAUAAAGUAUAAACUUAAAGGUUCUUUUUUAGGGACUGCAAAUGCCUCAAAAAAAAAAAGAAAAGAACUUUAAUUGUUAAUUUGUGUUUAUUCCAGGACCUGGACCCCCCUCCCUCCCCUUAGCUAACUCGCGCCUCACGGUGAGAGCUAGUGUUGUCUUGGAAACUAGUCACAAGAACGUCUAGAUCCACCCCUGUCAGCUCAUGCUAUGCUAAUAAACCUGCAUGAUGGCUGCAUCUAUUUGAAUAAUGCAAAUCAUUAAGAGGCAGUCUCUGUAAAAGCGGUCCACUGCAUUUCGGAUCAGUUUUCUCCCAAACUUUUACCGUGAAAUGGCACAUACCAGUGAGGUAUGAAACUAAUUUGGUUUUUCGAUUUUCAUAAAAAUAAUAUUUUUACAGCGCUUUAGUUCCAGGCGACCGUCUUCGCUGAAUUUGCACUUUUCGUCGACUGAAAAUUACACACAUUUAAAACAUUUCAGCUCACGGUAUAUAGACCUCUGCACCAAGAUCUUUUUUCCCAGUCUUGUUCAUUUAUUCAAGUGCAAAAUUCAAGCAAAAUUUUGAAUGUCGAAAGAAAUGCGGGGGGGGGGGGAAUACGCAAUGAUACUCGUUUUACGCCUUUCUUAAAAUCACGACACACUGACCCUCAGAAAAUAGCUUUGAUCUCCUAAGUCCAGCACUGAAAACCUAAAGCUUCUAUACCAAUCUACUAGUCUAAGGAUGUAUAAAAAAGAUUGAUAAAACAUUUUGCGCUUUUUAUUUAAAUUCUGCACAACAACCUCGGACUUUCUGUGUUUUUGAUGCAAAAUUACAUUUAUUUAAUUAGGCGGUAAAUAUAAACUGUAAUGAAACACUGUUUAUAUUGCAUUCGGAUUUAAAGCAUUAAAUAUUUUCUUAUUUUCAAAUAUAAAGUUCAAGAAUUUUUUUACUAAAUGGUGCAAAAUACUCCACUGUUUAUUAAACAGUACUUAAUAUUUUACCAAAAUAGAAUUUCAAAACAGCAAUUCAAUUUUUUUACUCAUGAAGUUCUAGUUCGGAUAAAAACUUGUAGUGAUGACUAAAUUGACUAAUUAUUCAUGACUAUAUGACAUGUUAAUUUAUGUACAAAUGUGCAUGAUUAAUUGAAUAUUAAAUGCACAUACAGUAUAUAUUUGAUCAAAUGCAUACAGCCAUAAAGAACAAUAUUAAGCUAGCAACUUAAUACACAUGAAUUCAUAAAAUGUUUCACAUUUUGUUAGGCACAUUUGUAUGUGUUUUAAAUAUUUCCCGAUAAUCCCAUCUUUGACUUCUAAGUUUCUUCUUUGGAAGUGGUGGUUUGCUUUGACAUAUACUGAAUAACUGAAAUGUUACUUUGCUAACAAUGGUCAACUGCAUACGAUUCAGAUCAUCCAGUGAUAUCCUAAGAUGUUGUAUAACUUUGAAAGAACAGUGGUAGUUGUGUGCCAAUUGUCAUUGUCAUCUUACAUUACCAGUGAUGUAAGUACUCGUUACUAAAGUAACACGUUACUAAUUACUAAUUACUUUUUGGGUAAUUUUUUGUUAAUUAAUUACUUUUUGCACCAAAGUAAUUUGUAACGUAAUCAAUUACUUUUUGAAGGUAACGAGUAACAUUUUAAAGAAUGUAAUUUGCGUUACUUUUGGGCACUUUUAUUAUUUUCCAAAAAAACGACGAUGACGAUGAAUUUCUCAAGUCAAAGAAGAAGGCAACCAAAUCGCCUUUAGAUACCUGCUUGGCUUUAAACAUUAUUGAUGCCACAGUUUACAAUGGACACUGUGCUGCACCUUUGAAGCAAAUGGCUUUGAAGUUAAACACCGUAUUGCCUGCAAGUGCAGCUGUUGAACGUCUUCUCAGCUGUGGAGGCUUGAUCAGUUAACUGGUGACCAUUUUGAGUCGGCACUACUCUUAAAGCUGAACUCCAAAUUUAAUACCAUUGCAUGAGUCUUAACUCUUAACUUUGGAACUGCCUUUUGAAUUAACAUUUUGUUGUUGUUUAAGUCCAUGAGAACUUGAAAGUAAUUUCAAAGUAAUUAGUAAUUAAUUACUUUUCAAAAAUGUAAUUAGUAAUCGGUAAUUAAUUACAUUUGAGAGACAGUAAUAAGUAAUUAGUAAUAAUUACUUUUUUGGAGAAGUAAUUGUAAUUUUACUCGUUACUUUUUUUUGGUAAUUUUCACAUCACUGUACAUUACUGACAUGAAGUCACAGUGAAGAUAGCAGAAGAACAAAUGAACAAUGACAUAUUCAUAUUGAUCAUUGACAUAAAGUAUAAACUUAAAGGUUCUUUUUUAGAGACUGCAAAUGCCUCAAAAAAAAAAGAAAAGAACUUUAAUUGUUAAUUUGUGUUUAUUCCAGGACCUGGACCCCCCUCCUUCCCCUUAGCUAACUCGCGCCUCACGGUGAGAGCUAGUGUUGUCUUGGAAACUAGUCACAAGAACGUCUAGAUCCACCCCUGUCAGCUCAUGCUAUGCUAAUAAACCUGCAUGAUGGCUGCAUCUAUUUGAAUAAUGCAAAUCAUUAAGAGGCAGUCUCUGUAAAAGCGGUCCACUGCAUUUCGGAUCAGUUUUCUCCCAAACUUUUACCCUGAAAUGGCACAUACCAGUGAGGUAUGAAACUAAUUUGGUUUUUCGAUUUUCAUAAAAAUAAUAUUUUUGCAGCGCUUUAGUUCCAGGCGACCGUCUUCGCUGAAUUUGCACUUUUCGUCGACUGAAAAUUACACACAUUUAAAACAUUUCAGCUCACGGUAUAUAGACCUCUGCACCAAGAUCUUUUUUCCCAGUCUUGUUCAUUUAUUCAAGUGCAAAAUUCAAGCAAAAUUUUGAAUGUCGAAAGAAAUGCGGGGGGGGGGGGAAUACGCAAUGAUACUCGUUUUACGCCUUUCUUAAAAUCACGACACACUGACCCUCAGAAAAUAGCUUUGAUCUCCUAAGUCCAGCACUGAAAACCUAAAGCUUCUAUACCAAUCUACUAGUCUAAGGAUGUAUAAAAAAGAUUGAUAAAACAUUUUGCGCUUUUUAUUUAAAUUCUGCACAACAACCUCGGACUUUCUGUGUUUUUGAUGCAAAAUUACAUUUAUUUAAUUAGGCGGUAAAUAUAAACUGUAAUGAAACACUGUUUAUAUUGCAUUCGGAUUUAAAGCAUUAAAUAUUUUCUUAUUUUCAAAUAUAAAGUUCAAGAAUUUUUUUACUAAAUGGUGCAAAAUACUCCACUGUUUAUUAAACAGUACUUAAUAUUUUACCAAAAUAGAAUUUCAAAACAGCAAUUCAAUUUUUUUACUCAUGAAGUUCUAGUUCGGAUAAAAACUUGUUGCAGGAAGUAUAUACAAAUAUAUCCGAUAUUCUUAUAUCACUUAAUUGACUUAAACGUAGGAAAAAUAACCAAAAUACAUGUCAUGUGCAUAUAUAUAUAUAUAUACCACGACGAAAUCGACAUCUUACUGAACGUGACUUUAUAUAUAUUUUAAGGCUUAAGGCAGCAAGUGAUAUUAUAAUUUUUAAAACAUUUUGCACUUUUAUUUUAAUAUUUUUGAUAUAUUCUACACAGCAACCUCGAACUUGCUUUUUGUUAAUUUAUAAAGCCUGACAUGACAUAUUACACUCUAAAUUUCGAAGUGUUCAGCGAACACCAAAUAAGUGUAAAUUUACACAAUUUCGGUGUAAAUCGGAAAAAUACACCACUGAAGUGUAAAAUUACACUUCAAGGUGUAUUUUUACACUGAUGUUGUGUUACCUCAACACUUAUUAGGUGUAAAGUGCCAAAUUGGUGUAAAUUUACACCAGAAGUCGGUAAAUAGACACUAUUUAUGUGUAUUAAAACACAACUUUAGUGUAAACAGUUAUAUGACAAUCUUGUGUUCACAUGAGAAAUACUGUUUGUACUAAAAGCUUUUUUAUUAAUUAUUACUUAUUUGAAGAAUAUCGAGAAUUGGUUAAUUAAAGUAUAUCAUGGGAAAUAUUUGACCCAUACAUUUGCACACUCGUCAUAGAACUAUAUACAUAUACCUAUACAUAUUAUUUACAUCCUAAUUUUCACAAUCAGCUAAGUCAUAUCGCAUUCUUAUAUACUUUCUCAUAAUUCCAUCCGUUUUCACAGCACAAAUAUCUAAAGGAUGGUAGUCCAGGAGUUCAUCAUAACUCGUGACAAUAUUGUUUACUAUUGCAACUUCAUAAGAGUGCAAGUGCUUAUGGAAUCUUAAUGUAUGCAUUUUUCUACAAGUAAAAAAUACAUCUCCAUUCGCCAUGAUGAAUAUGUCUUCUAUCAUCAAGAAAAUUGGUAGUACAGAAUGCUGGUAAACGACUGCUGCCCGCUUAUGGUACUUGACUUCAUGAAUCACAAUCCAAUUUCCCCUAAAAAUAUACCAUCAAGAGCAUUAUAGGUAUGUACCAAAUACCUAUCAAUGCUAAUUAAGUAUUACAUCAAGAGUGCCGAACAGUAGAAAAAAUUCAAGGAAAUAACGUAAACAAUUUAAGGAAAUUCUGAUGGCAAAAAUGAGAAAUUUUGAUUUUGAAAAUGGAAGCACAUGGUCGCUAAAUUACUCCACGUGUUCAAGAUGGCAGAACUACCAGAAAUUGAUCCUGAGGUAAUCACGGUUUUCGUUCAUGAAUUAUUAAUAUGGUUUUGAAUAUGAAAGUCAAUCUCUGAUUUUUUAAUGCCUUACAGAUGAAACAUGAACAGACGAGAGAUGAAAAUGAGAUAGGGAGCGAUCGAACUUCAACAGGUCAGCAGUUGUUGAUGCAUAUUAAAUUGAUAUAAAUAUAGUGUUUCUAAACUUUAUACAGUUGAUAACAAUAUAUAGUACUGCCUGUUAUAUGCCUGCAGGAUUUUGUAUUUGGCGUACUCAAAACCCUCACAAAAUGUCUAAUUCAGGAAGUAAACUUUUUUAUUAUGAAAUCUUCACAUUUCAAAAUUCUGAAAUAAUUAAUAGGCAAUUUCUUUAUAUAGAGAAAGAAACUGCAACCUCGACUUCCAAUAUCAAAAAAGACAAGAAAAGCAAAAAAAGAAAAUUGAGGAAUGAAAAAAAGAAAGAAAAAAAGGAGAGAGAAAAAAGAAAAAAGCCUAAACUGUGUGAAGAGGAACAUUAUAAUUCAGAUGACACAAUAAUCAUUGGUCCAAAUGAGUCGCACCAUUUCCUGUGGGAAUGAACCAUUGACAUACCCUGGUAUGAAAUGAGAGGCGGGAAGGAAGAGCCUCUGGUCACAUCGGUUGCAAAUCCCACUUCUACACUUGAUUAGGUUCAGAAUUUGAAUCUCGCAUGUGGUUGGCCAUUUGUAAAAAUAUGUCAAAUUUAUUUCCCAAACCGGUUUGACAUAUUUUUACAAAUGGCCAACCACAAGUGAGAUUCAAAUUCUGAACCUAAUCAAGUGUGGAAGCAGCGUUGGAAAUAACAACCGAUCAAGAAAUUGCUUAUGAUUGGUGGAAAAGCAUGAUCAGGAACUUUGGGAAUGUUAUUUCAAGCCUUGGUUGAAGUGGGAUUUGCAACUGAUGUGACCAGAGGCUCUUCCUUCUUGUUUUUUUCGUCUCACAAAGAUUUGCCUCGUAAAGAGCCUCUUGAACUAGGGUAACAUUGACAUUGUCUUUAUUAAAGCGAACAAUAGCGAAUGCUUCAAUUCUAUUUGUUAAUGAAAAGGAAUAAGAAAGAUAGAUUAAGAGGAUUGAAGGGCUUAAGUUAAUGAUACACUACUGUUGCAGGGCUGUAAAUAAAUAUUUGAUUUGACAAGACAUUUGUCCGAUCACUUUUAAUUUUGGUCAGACAUAACUUGAAUUUGGUCGAACAAAAACCAACAUCGUUAAUAGUGAACUUAACCCAUUGAGUGGCAACACUCUCCCCCUGACUUGACAAGUAAAAUCAUCUAGCAUUAGACAGAGUAAAAUAACAAAAUAGGGCACAUUACCACUUAAAGGCAGAUAGUGUGAUUAACCCAUUGAGUGGCAGUGCUCUCCACUUGACGAGUAAACUCGUCUGGUGUUAGACAGAAAGUAGGGCGCAUCAGGUUACAUUGCCACUUACAGGGUUAAGAUGAUGCAUGGGCAGUUUGUUUGGUUAAACAAUUGAGUGGCAACACUCUCCCUCUGACAAAUACAAUUGUCUGGUAUUACAGUAGAUAGAAUAAAAUAACAAAGUAGGGCAGAUCCUGGGUGCAUUGCCACUGAAAGGUUUAAAAUCAAAAUGGGGAGAACUAUGCACAAUUAUUUCCCUGUUUCCAGUACAGGUACAGUACAGGUACAGUACAGGUAGCAUAACCAUGCAGACUUUGCAAGAACAAACAAUCUAGUUAAUUAAACUGUGUUACCAGAUGCACACUAAACAGAUUGUACCACAUCUUUACUCAUAAUCUGUAUUAAAGUGAGGAUGUUGUCGUCUUCCAAAUACUGGUAGAAUGGCCUCACUGUAUGUUACCUCAUCAGUAGUCUGAUACUUACAUGUAGACCUUCGUCUCUGGUGUCAAAAGAGCGCAUUUCUCACACAAACUGGCACACUUUUCUGCUGCAACUUCUUUUAGUUCAAUAGUUGACCCUGUACAUAGAGAGAAUAUGUCAAAUAUGUACUAUAUCAAAAUCUGUGCACAAAAUUGACAUGUUAUUGUAAAACAUGUAAAAGUGAAAUAUUUCUAACCAGGUCCAGUCUCUGUAACAAGUUUCAAAUAUGCAUCUUCUUCGCACAACCAAUAGCACUGGAGACGUUGAUGCCUUAUUGCCAAGGUCUUCGGCAAGUUUUUAAAGUUGUUCAUUCCUUGAGCCAAUCUUUUGAAAUAGUGAUGCUUUGCCUCAAAUCUCAUGCACCACUGUCGCACAAGUGGUCCAUUCCUGUUGAAAAAUAUGUUUAGAUUGCAUAUUGAAAAAUUAAUGACCGACUACUUCAAAUGACGACAUUUCUUCAAAUGAUACGACACUUGAGGGGGCCAAGUACAAAUCAUCUGGAUUCCAGAGGGAAUUGAAUAGAAUUUAUAGACCUAAAUUUUACAGAUAUUGGUCAAAAAUAAGGGUUUCAUGCUUGUUUAAACAGGAAUGUCAGAAAAAAUUUUUGACCCUUAAUUUAAUUGGCUUAUGUCCGAAAACAUUUUUUCGCCCCUUUUUUGAAUGUCCGGAAAAAAUAUUUCCGACCUCCCCUCCCCACCCGCUUGCCAACAUUUUGGGGAGAAAUAGUGGCCAAAAAAAAAUUUUUGCUGCAGGGCAUCAUCGGCGUUCGCAGGGCAAUUCUAGCAGACACCCCCCUAAUUAAAAGGAGCUAGUUUCGCCCCUGGGUAUUCUGCCGGGAGUCCAAUUGUCCCCUAAACAUUGAAGUGCAUCAGAAAUUAGAAAUGCUUGAUGCUGACAUGUCAGUAGUUAUUUUACUUAUCUUCACUUUUGUCUAAUAAGAAAAUAUAAUGAAUAUCAGAAAUCAUACUCAGUUACGGUUUCCCAACCCCUGUUGAAAUCACUGAAUUGACCAAAUUCACAUGAUGGAAUCUCAUGGGGGUCACCGCCACCUCUCUCAUGUUUCCUGUGACCCUGUUUUAUGAAUGUUUUUUGGAUAAUGUUUGAAAAUAUAGUGCCUUAUUGGGAAAAUGUUGCCUUUACCCCAUGAACUAUAGCCUGUGUGUCCUGGCCAUGAGCCUGCCACACAGCUGAUCAUAGCCUACUUGAAAAAUGGAUGCCGCAAUACCACUUGGGGCUCUGGCAGUAACGUACCUUCUAAUUUGAGCAGGAUAGUGAACCAUGAAAUGUUGCUUUGGAAUCAGUCUGGUGUUUGGAUAAAGAUUCUUGAAUUCCUCCAGAUACUCUUUGAUGAGAACUUGCAGGUAAUAAGUUAUCUGCCUUGCAAUAACUGGUGAGAUAACUAUAUCCACAAUCUUCAUCAGAUCACUAAAUAAUUCCCAGUCAGGGUUGUCUUCAGGUACUAGAUCAUGAAUGAUCAUGGGUAAGAAUCUAGAGAGACACCACAUUUGUGAUGCUAUAAAAAUACAUGUCAUUUUUUUGUUAUUUAUUAGACAGAGUACAAGAAUAAAGUAGGGUGCAUUGCUGCUUUUGGGUUAACAAAACACAUUGGCAGAUUACAGACACAUUGGCAGAUUACAGACACAAUUGUUUAAUUGGUUAACCCAUUAGAGGGCAAGACUCCCCUUCACGAGUCAAAUCGUCUGGCAUUAGACAGAGUAAAAGAAAAAAGUAUGGAGCAUUGCUGCUUACUGGGUUAACUAGUAUUGGUACAGUACAUGUGCAAAAAUAGUCAUCACAUAGCAGUACUACCUCCUGAUAAAUUGCUUUAUGAAAAAUAGAACCCUACCCACCCACAACCUGAACAGAUACAGCAGAUUACAAUAUGAAUGCUCUACUAUUUUCGAAAUUAAAAUUGGAUUGAAACCAGAUUAAAGAUUUAUUUGGUACAAUACCUGACUGACGUAUAUGGCAAUCUGAUGCAGUUAUGUUUUUGAGCAAGCUUGAUUUGUUUCGGUAAUCACUGGUGCCAAAGGCAAAGCCCUGAAUCCGCCAAAUUGAGUUCAUUAAUGGUGAAUUUUUUCUCCUCCACAAUAAACUUCCUUAACAUAACCUUGAAAUGCAAAGGUAGAACUCCCUCCAGAAUAUCAUGCAUAAUAUCUGGAGGAAGGCCGUCCACAACAUGAAAAUACUUGGAGUUGUUCAACUCAGAUUGUGCCUUAACACCAUAAACAGAUGCCGAUUCAGGGUCAGUAGAUACCAUUGCAGCAUGUCGGUCAUACAUCUUCCUGGAACGCAUGGUAAACUCUUCUUCUGUAAACUGAACAGAAAUUACAUGUCUUUAGAAAUCUCAGCCAAGGAGGCCUCAAUAUAAGCAUAAUCAACAGACAAUGCCAGUGUGCCAGCAUUAUGGUUACAAGGUUUACCAUCGGUUUACUUUCUCCAAAACAUAAUUUUACACAAGUUUCUAAAUAUCUGUAGUUUUCAUUUUGGCAAAAAUAGCUAAAACAAACUGCAUUAACCAUUAUACAGUACUGCUUAAGAAAUUAAUACUGUUUACAAGAUUAAUAGCAGACUUCAAAUUAAUUGAGCAAAAAAAACAAACAAAAAAUGGCCAUGCUAGCCUUAUAAAUUGUAAUGCAUUAACACAUUAAGCGCCAGCGCUCUCCCCUUCACAAGUAAUAAUAAAGUAGGGUGCAUCAGAGUGCAAUGUGACUCAGUGGUUUAACCCAUUGAGUGGCAGCACUCUCGCCUGACGAGUAAAAUAGUCUGGAAUAGAGUGAAAUAUUCUGGAAUAGAGUGAAAUAUUCUGGCAUUAGACAGAGUAAAAUAAUAAUAAUAAAAGUAGGGUGCAAAACUUAUCCCAUAUUUUAUAGUGAAAUGAUUCCUAGACCUAGUACCUGAGCCUACUUUCUUACCACAAUCGCCUACUUAAAUGAUACUGAAAGCAUUGAAUGAAGUCAUUAAAAAUGCAGCUUUAGUUACAACAUUAUAAAUGUUAUGAAAAUUACCUUCGACUGAAAUUCAUCCAAUAAACCCAUACAAAAUCGACAAGGCCUUUGGACAGAAAAGCUCUCCAUGAAACCUCCAAUUCCAUUACUGCCAAGGUUAUCUGCCAAAACCAAGCUUAUUGUACCUUCCAUCCACUGAACACAAUGUCCUAUCUUCAGUUGAACUCCAUGCUCCUAAAUACAAUGAUUGAAACACAAUAAACCAUAGGAUAGAGGGUGUAAAAUAGAGGAACUACAGUAAACAAAUAAGAUUCUCGAUACUCAAGAUUCAUGACCCCACAAGCUUGUAGCUUUAAACAUGUCAAAAUAAUAAAGGUUGUCUAUCUACUUACUGAUUCUAGUAAUGCUACAUCUGCCACGAGCGGCUUCAGAACCCGUUGCAUCCCAUACUUCUUUAUCCACUUGACUGGACACAAUAUGGCGAGGUUGAGCAUCUUGAGAGACGAUCUGUAUUUUGGAUGAAGAUUACCUAACACCCAGUAAAAACCACCCUGGGAAAAAUAAUUUAACUUAUUCUUCAGUUUCUGGUUUGCUGUUCCAGGCAUCCAUAAAAUUUGAUAAUUGGGUUUCAUUCUAUGGUUUAAUUAAUGUACUGGGUCAAAAUAAAUCAUCGGAACAGCCAUCAUUAUAUAUGAAGGAAUGCAUCGAUUCUUAUAUCAAAUGGCAGGGCCAAGGGAGUGCUGAGCAGACUAACCUAUCUGCAAGUCAAAGAAUGGGGGCAGGUCCCUUCUUGGGUAAUCAGUUCACACCACGGCUGAGAAGCUAGUUCACAUAUAAUAGGUUUGAUCUGAUAAAGUAGCUGUGUAUAGUAAGGUUAUCAUUAUCAAACUACCUGAAAGAUUUCGAGAAAAAUGUUCUUCAACCUUUUGAGUGAAGUCCCUUGGUCAACAAGUUAGUGGAUAGUGGAUAAAGCAAUCCCCCCUGCUUUAACAUGUUUACAGUAUAUUUGUUUAUACUGUAAUUCAUAUUUAUCUGAUGUGGUAUGAAACUAAGUUAAAAACAGGACUUUAUUAUAUACCAAGUUUGUGGAUUGUUGCCUUCACUCCUAAAGGAUUUGCCACUUCAAAGUCGUCAUAGUACAGCAAAAGUUGAAUCGCUUUAUGAUUCGUAGAAAAUAACGGAUGGUGACCAGGGCUAAACAGUUCUCCAUCGCAAAGGUCAUAUUAUGCAUCUUCCCAUCUGUGCUUUGGUGUAAAUUUUGAACCUAGUUAUUAAAUUAAUAAACAAAUUACAGUGGUGAAUUAUUUCAUUUAAAGCCUGCCACACAAGAGAGCAACUUGCUGAGCUAACUGGCUCUUGCGUCAGCUCAGCUCAGCAAGUUUCUCUCGUGUGUGGAUAGUUUUCGUGAGGAUUUGACCUCUCGAGGCCUUGAGGAAAAUAUCUAUUGUGUUUGAUACUUUUCACCUUGCGAGGAAAAAGUUUCAACGUCUGUGGAUGUUGUGAGCUUAGUGGGGGGGGGGGGCAACCACCCCAGGGCUUCGCCCCUCUCCCCACUUUUGUUUUCCAAUGGUUGUUGUUACUGCAAGCUUGACUAAGGCCCUCAUUUUAUGGAGGCGAGUUACCCGGCUAAGCGAGUUGAAAAGUACAUAAGAUCAAAGGUUUAGGCUCAUUACUCUUUCGUUAUAUGCAGUUUUCAACUCGCUUAGCUGGGUAACUCGCCUCCAUAUAAUCAGCCCCUAACAGCGUGUGAGAACUUUAUAUUCAUAUGGAGUUUUGGACUUUUGUAAUUCCAAAGUUUGGAUACAAAUUCAUCAAACAAUUCAUGCUAAUAUUUCUUACCUGUGAGAAUAUGUCAACUUGGUUGAGCAAUUGCUGCAAUACCUUUAUGACCGAAAUGUACUGAAAUGAAUGUUUCUUCACUUUGACUCCAGAACUGACCACCUCUUCCCCCAACACUAUUUCACUUGGAUCCUGUAUAUUAUUAAAGAUAAAAGUUUGUCACCAUGUAAACAGAUUUAGGAAAUCAUGAAAACAACUUAUUGCUGUUUAUAACAUACUGUAUUAUCUCCAAAAUUGUUGCUGUUAAUAUAUAAUGGUACUGGUAUAUGGUAUAUGAUACUGAUAGAUCAUUUUUGUUUGAGCAGGGUUAGGUUAGGGGCUGAGCCUGGCUAUUUGGGCUGGCCUAGUUUACAUGUAGACUAAGUAAAAUAAUUUUGUAAAAGGAAUUUGUAUGAAGCCUGGAGCCUCAGUUAACUAGGCAAGCCAGCUGGGCUCAUGUAUGUAAACAGCCCCUUUAUGGUAGAGCUACUUACCACCAUGUUAAGUGUGUCCCUCGGGUAUUUGUUUCUUUCCUUUGAAGUUUUGAGUUGCUUCAUGGAUGCAGAAACAUCAUGUUGUGACUCAAGCAAGUCCUACAAUCCUUCAAUGUCUUUUGGGUCAAGACCAGUCUGCUUAAUGCAUUUCUUCACCUGUGCUUUCAGAUGCUCCUCGUUUUGCUCUAACAGUUCACAAGUGUUUUCGAGUAUUGUAUCAGUUGCAGUGUCACUGAGUCGAUUGAAUUCCUGCGUCUUCAAAGCAAAUAAUGCUAUUUCUUUCACAGAAAUAUCAUGUGUAGUUCCAUCCAUCUUCUCUUCGUUGCAAGGCGUUUGAUCGGCAUUCUCAUGACAGUCAUCGUUUUGUGGAAUAAGAUUGUCUAUUUCGUUAUCCAAAUCAAUUUCACCACAAUGUUUUCGACGCAUGUGAGAGGUUAACGAUGAUAUGAGUGAAUAUGACCGAAAACAGGAGUAAACUGGGCACCUUAUCUCAAAAUUAGGUUCGUGGACAUGAUAAUUCCGGAAAUGACUUAGAUAUUUUUUUAACGAGGCAAAUGAAAGAUAUACACAAUUAGUUUUCACACAUUUGAGAGUACUCGGGAAGCCGUCGGUAUUAUGAAAGAACGCAAGUGAGUCGCACAAAACUGCCCAAAACAUUAUUUAUACUGCAUUUUCCUGAAAAUUGAAAAGUGAUUAUAGCCUACUAUUGGCAAACGGCACUAUUGUAAACUUUCUAUGAUAACAAAACUGCUAAUGGUAAUAAUGAUAUUUAUAUAUUAUAAUUCAUUCAUAUAUACAAUAACUUAGGAACGCAAAGACUUCUGGGGAAUUUUGUCAUAUUGCACAUGUUCUGUCUUGAAUUUGUUCGUUGUCGGUUGGAAAAUUUGUUUCGCUUCGAAAAUAAUCCGUUUUAAAUAGUUAAAAUACAGAUAAAAAUGGGAUCUGUACUUAAAGAAACAUUCUCCGUUGACGAUGUAUUCGCGUGGCUUAAUAGUAAUGGCUUUGAAGACGUUAGUCAGGCAUUUUAUGGUAUGUAUUGAUUUUAUAACAUCUCGUGUCAAAAUUAUGGCAAUAUCACAAAUGGACAGUUUGUUCAGUUUAUAUCGUUUAUAAAGACCUAUUUGCUGCUUGUUUUGAGAUUUGUAAGAAUAUGAGUACUCUUAGUGUGUGAUUAGUCUUUUAUAGAUUACGAGGAAUUAUUAAUUUGUUCUAUUUUUCCUAAUUUUUUGUUAUAUGUUCUAUAAACAGACAAAGGUAUUGAUGAGGAAGCCAUGUCUUGUCUGACUGAGAAUGCCUUGCAGUCAUUAGUCAUCAGGAUUAGCCCAAGAAUGAAAUUGCUGAAGGCUAUCAAAGGAAUGCAAGCCCACUCGAAUUUAUCCGAUUCUCGAAGCGAGGAUUCAACGUCUGGCUUGGUUUCAAUUCAAAGCUGGGGAGAAGAUGCUUCUGAAAGCUGUACUUCAACUUCAAGCUGUGCUGAUGAACUUGAUCCAUCAACUAGCCUUUCAAGGUAUAGAUUGAGUUGUGAAAUAUGAUGAAUGUAGCCUAGAGUCCGGAUUAUCAGAUUGAGUGCCACAGGCUGCAAAAUUUACAUAAGCAUAUUUUUGUCAUUUUAUAUAUUUAAUAUGAGUAUAAAUUUAUAUCAUAUGUGUUUUUAACAGCAAUGAAAGUGCAGUGCCAGUGGUCAAAAGGCAGUGGACUUCGCCAUUCAUUCUGCCUGAACGAUUCCCACCUUUAGUUCAGGAAACACUUGGGAAAAAAAUGGAUAUGAGCAAGCAAGCAAGCAAGAUGCAAGUUCAUCCAGACAAUCUAUGACCGUAUGACCGGAUUUGCUUGUUUACUGUGUAAGUUUACUCUUAUUCAUAUUGUAAUUUUAACCUGAAGUUUUUUUUUAAUAAUUUCCUCAAGUUCUCUUAUAAUUUAAAAAUGAAAAUUAAAUAAUAUUUAUUCAGGAAGCUCCACUCACCGAAGUGUUCAUCAGGGAGGACCUGCCUGUUACCAAUCACACUUGGAAAAUAUUCUACGAAAAUUAAUUUGUCAUGUUGUUUUUAUAGUUGUCCUACUCCAGACCAAAGAUGUGAUGUUUGCCGUGCAAUCAUGCCGAUGCUGGUGGUAGCUAUGUAAGUCUUGUAUUUUGUAUCUACAACUUAUAUUUGAUUUUGAAUGGGGAAUGGCAGUUGAAUGAUAUCAAGAGCAUGUUUUAUGUUAAGAGCCUGUUCAUAUGAGCUGGGGGGGGGGACUGACUUGCAAGAGGCGAGAUCUCGCCUCGUAUAUUGUUUUUAUAUGUUUUUGAGAUUUGAUUUGCAUGCAAACCAGACGUAGCGGGAAUUUCUGUAGCGCUUGCCGGGCUAGCCCUCUUUGUGUGAAACAAAUAACAACUUGGCCCAGCAAAGUGAGCUAGCAGAGCCUGGUUUAAAGGUCAGCUCGGCUCAUAUGAACAAGCCCUAAAGCUAGUUUUCUCGAGUUACCAGUGGUUGUUAUACCAGUGGUUUGUGACUGCAGCCAAGGCAUGCAUAUUUCAAUGGCUGGCAAAAAAUUAUUACUUGCCAAAUAAAAAAAUUCACAGGUAAAAUUCUAUGUGCAGGUUGUUUGAUUCCAUUUGUUUACCCAACAAUACUAGUAUCCAUAGUUUCCUUUGUUUAUUACUGCUGUUUGCAAGCUACCAUUAGGCGUGUGAUUUUCUCAGGUUUGUUUACAUUUCAAAUGGUCUGGUUUUGACUGGAAAACAUUAACAUUCUCAGCAAGCCAAUCAACAUUUGCCACAAACCUGAAAAUUUGCAUGUGCAAUGGUAGCUUGCAAACAGCAGUAUGACAAAUAUAUGGUUGGUAUAUUUUAAAAUAAAGUGUUUUUUUAAUUAUUUACAAGGGUAGGAUCAUUUGGAUAUUUAAAAAAAAACACGAAAUAGCAGACCAUAAUUUAUUUGUUCUGUCAAAAAAGAAUAAUUUGGCAGGCCAUAUAUUUUUCUUAUUUAUUUUGAUCCCUGGUCAUGUUUAGUAUGUUUAUUGCCAACCUUUAUUUAAUAUUAAGUAACCAUUCAUUCCCAGCCCAUUAUAUUCCCAGUACAUUUACUGUAUUUAAAUUUAACUGUAAUGUAAUUUGCCAAUCACAGCAUGUGUAACAGUGGCCAAGCAUUUUCCAGUGCCCACCUGAGGAAUUAACAAUAGUGGUGCUGAACAGUUUAUAAUCAGGCCAUAAAAUAAGUGUUGGUCAUUGACAGCAAGAAUAUAAGCUCCACCCCCCCUGAAUAUAAGCCCAUGGUUUUGUUCACAGUACGCCAUCUAGUUUACAGUCACAAUAAAUAUUAUUACUAACACCAAAUGUUGUCUAUAUAUAAGCCUCCCCCAGCCCCCAUUUUUGCCUCUGUGUGUAUAUAAGCUCAUCAAAAUAUACAGUACUUAUGGAUGCUUACGGUAUUGUGGUUUACCAGACACACAUGACUGGUUAAAAUGCACAACGGUUUCUUGUGUUUAGUUUUCACUAUCCUUAACAUUGAAGUGUAUUUAUACACCAUGUCCUGGACUAUAUAUCUUAAAUGUCAGUCAAUAAUCCAGCAGUGUGUUUUUUUCACAAUUUUCAACAAUUUUUUUAAUAAAUGUCUUAGAUUUCAAUUUUUGUUUUUCUAAAAAACAUGUGAAAUGGUAAAAAGAAUACCUGAUAUAUAUCAUUCUCAGUAAAGAUUAAAGUGUAAAUUAUAUUCGUUAACACAAUUUGUUCCUCGAGUGCAUGCGAAGACUUACCAGUUGCGGUAGCUACAAGGGUCAAGAACGGCAUUUGUUUAUUAUUAAAACGGUGUUCUGUUUUAACAGAAACUUAAAACUUAAAAGUUUUCUUUAUAAGGAGCUUGUGAAGCGAGUUUUCCGGAAUUGCAGGACUUCAUGUAAGAUGUCUAUUUGGUAUUUUGCAGCCAAGAAUCUCAAAAUUUUCCUCCAAAAAAUUGUGAGUUGACGUUUUCUUCCUAAUUCAAACCCUGGUCUAAUAGACCUUACGCAUAAUGACGUCACAAGGCUUGAUGCCCGCCAGGAAUAUUGGUAUUUGUAGUCAUCGCCCGGGAAAAUUUUGAUAGUGGCCAUUUUGAAUUGUUUCAUUAAUUUUCCCGUGUGAUGACUACCAAGACCAGCAUUCCUCGCGGGCAUCAAGCCUUGUCACGUCAUGCGUAAGGUCUAUUUAUAUAUUAUUAAAUCAUAUGAUCUCUCUUCAGGAAAUUUGGUACAGGUACCUUGGGGAUAAAAUAAAAAAUGAACUCCGGAUUCGUCUUUUGAAAAGCUUGAGUCUGACCAAGCAGUAUUAACCCGCACAAAAACCAAAACUCUCGGCCUUGGGUCUACAUGUCACACUGAGAGUGCAUCUGGGUUCAAAUUGCAAGAUGCAUCUCUGCUAAAAGAAUGUAUCUCUAGUGCAGCAAUUUGUAGUGCUUGUAGAGAUCCCAAAUCCAAACUACAACUCUUUCAAAACAACAGGUUGAGAGAGGGCCUUGCAGAACACUUAUACUUAGAGUGUUCAAUAUGUGAGGCAAAGACCCCUCUCUUGACCAGCAAGCGUUUGGGUGGUAGGGGAGGUGGAGCCCAGGAAGUGAAUCGUAGAGCAGUUCUAGCAGCUCCUCAAUUGGGUCAUGCCGGACUCACUCAAUUUUGUGCUGGAAUGAAUUUGCCACCUCCUGUAACAAAGAAAGCUUAUAAUGACCACCAAAUACAAAUAAAAACCAUUGCGGUAGACAAUGCUGAAACGUUGAUGAAGGAUGCGGCAAAGCGACUGGUUGACAAGGUCGCAAUGGAAAGCCCGGAUGACAUUGAAGAUGAUGGAACUACUGUUGUCGCAAAUGUGUCGGUGACAAUUGAUGGAACAUGGCAAAAAAGAGGACAUUCAUCAAAAAUUGGUGUUACAUUUGUUAUAUCUGUAGACACUGGUGAGGUCCUAGAUUACUGCGUCAAGUCCCUGUUUUGUCAUGAGUGUAAAGCCCAUGGAAACAUGAAUUCUGAAAGUGAAGAAUACCAGUCUUGGAAAGAAUGCCAUGAACCAGUUUGCCAAAUCAACCAUGCAGGUUCAUCAGAAGAAAUGGAAGCUGCUUCAGCCACUGAAAUGUUUGGGAGGAGUAUCGAUGAACGUAACUUAAAAUAUACUACAUUUGUCGGUGAUGGUGACAGUAGUUCAUACGGACGAGUGAAGGAUGCUAUGUUCCAAAAGUAUGGAGAUGAUUAUAUUGUAACAAAGGAAGAAUGUGUUGGCCAUGUCCAGAAAAGACUUGGGACAGCACUUAGAAAGUACAAGGCAGAUAAGAAGGGUAAGAAGCUAUCAGAUGGUAAAGGUGUUGGUGGUCGGGGAAGAUUGACAGACAAAAUCAUGGACAAAAUGCAAAACUAUUAUGGAAAAGCUAUUCGGGGAAACAAGGGUGAUCUUCUGGGAAUGAAGAGGAGCAUAAAAGCAAUUCAGUGCCACAUGAUUGCAGAUACAAAAGUACCUAUGCAAGAACAACAUCAACAUUGCCCAAAAGAUGAUAACACUUGGUGCAAAUUUUGGAAAGAACAGAAAGAUGACACCGUAACAUAUGACCAAAGCAAUCGUUUGCCUGAGGUGUUUAUGGAAGAGUUAGCUCCAAUUUUUACAAGGCUUUCUCAGGACAAUCUGCUCUCUAGGUGUUUGAAAGGGAUAACACAAAAUCAGAAUGAGGCUAUCAAUGGAAUGCUCUGGUCUAAAUGUCCCAAGACUAAAUUUUGUGGAGCUCGAAAAGUAACAAUAGCUGUCUGUGAGACCAUUGCCCUUUUCAAUACAGGUGCUGCCAGUAAAGCCAUGGUUAUGGAUAUAUUUGGCAUAACACCAGGCAGUAACACAAUGAAAGCACUAAGGUUGCAAGACCAGUCCCGUGUUAAAGCUGCUUCAAAAAAGGUUAGCGACAAGUACCAAAAGCAACGGCAGAAACUUCGUACACAAAAAAAGUCGAAAGGUGACAAGACCGCUUACCAGGCUGGUGGAUUUAGCCUGAGCUCUCAGCCUGAUGAGCCUGUCAAAAAGAAAGGGAAGAAAAACCCCAAGUAAUGUAGAGCAGGAUAUGACUGACUCAUCUGUUGUGUGAACGAUAGAAGCAAAACGGCAAAAAUAAGUGUGUUCCAAGUAAGAUAAUCUUGUGUCUAGAUGCUUAGUCAUUCACUUUUUUAGCAUAAAUGUCCAAUGUUUCUAUGGUAAAAGAUGUCAGUAGACAAUAUUCUAACUAAUAAUACCAUGAACAUCAGAUUAGGAUAGUUUACUAGACUAGUUUUUGAAGAAUAAGCCAAAGUUAGGGCGAUAAAGUUUGUUAACACUUUAACAUUGAUUUAUUCAAAUUAACGAAUUUAUUGUAAACGAGGGUGGUAACAAUGAUAACUCAAAGGGGAUUUGAUGGAUUUUGAUGAUUUUUGGGCUGAGUAUUAAACCUAUCAUAAUCUAUGCAAUGAAUGGUCAGUUUUGCAUAUUAUGCAUUUGUUCCUUUGUUACCAUGGAAACUGGAUAUUUUCAGUGUUUGGACUCGGCAAUUAACUCUAACACAAUUCCAACCAUUCAUUGCACAGCUUUUGACCCAACCAACAGUCUUACCAAGUUUGGUGUUAAUAUCUAUUUUUCCCUUUGAGUUAUUACUGUUGGGAGUGAGUCCGUUAUUUAGGUUUAUCCGUUGUCGUCAUGGCAACCAAGGCCCAUGCUGUGCUUCGACAAAGCUUAAUAUAUGUGACAUGAUUGGUACUAGCUUUGUGCCAAGUUUCAAUGUGAUUGGUCAGAUAUUUUUAAAAAUAGAGCCCCUAUAUUUUCGUUGGGAUAUAAGUAAUUCACAGUUUGGUAUUCAAAACCAAAUUUUAGUAUGCCGUGGAUAUGGGAUACUGCAAAUUUCAGACCCUGAUUAUAAUAUACAUGUUCAUACAAGUGUUUCUGGACUAAUUUUGAAUAUACAUGUACUGGUACUACAAAUGUAGUAACUUACAUAAAUGCUCUGGUUGUAACAUAUUUUAGCUGCAGGUUAUUUUUUAAUAAUUAAUAUGUCAAAUACUUCCUGACUGUGGAAGUCUUGCUCCAUUAAUAAAGACAUAAGGUGAUUGGCUUAAGAUUGAGGCCAAUAUCUAGGACAUAAUUAUCUAAAUGGCAUAUUAAUUAACUCUUUAAUUAACAUGCAAUGUGCCCUUCUUUAGCAUUUUAGUCUGGCGUUUAAUGCCAGGCAAUUGCAAUCAUAAAGAGAAGAGUCUUGUGUGUUAGUGUGUAAACACAAUUUGAAAUUCCUAUCUGUUAAUUAUAUUUUUCUACCUUUUUUUAGCUAAAAUGUGAGUACAGCCGUUUGAUGGCAGACACCACGGCAGCAGAUUGUCUGCAGAGCAAUUUGCUGCAGUUAGCCCCAAAGAUCUUUGGGAUUGCAGAGAAAAGGAAUCUCACCUCAGAAAAGGCAAAAAAGCUUUUACUUCUUUGCCAGCCCUCUGAUGAUGAUGAUGAGAGUGAAGAUAUAAGUGCAGGUACAGUACACAUAUUUUGUUUACUUUACUGUAUAUCUAGGGUGCUUUUGGUUUUACCCUACUACAGUAUUUUGCUCUGACUAGCACCAGGCAAUUAUAUUUAUCUGUGGUAGUAAAUGUGCUACAAUAUGGCCCAUUUCAGUAUCAUUUAAGUAGGCAGUUGACGGUUGUGGUAAGAAAAGAGGCUCAGGUGCCUGAAUCAUUUUGUUAUAAAAUGCGACCUACUUUAUUAUUUUACUCUGUCUAAUGCCAGACAAUUUUACUAAUUGUCAGAGGGAGGGUGUUGCUACUUAAUAGGUUAACCUAUUUACUAGCAUUAUUUGAAAUUGACAUGUUUUCAUACAACCAGAGUAGAUUUUGUAAUUUGGUAUUCCAUCUGAAAAUUCUCUAUAUUAUUUAUGUUUCUGAGAGCAUGUUCUUGAGACACCAUCCCCAAACCUGGCCUAAUGAUCAAACAAAUGUACAUAGCAAAUACUUUUUUGUUAUCUGGUCAGAAUUUUAUUUAUGCACCAAAAAUCUAUCAAAUGCAUCACAUUUUCUCUGCUACAAAGUACAAAUAGAAUACCAAGAUCAUCAAGGUAACUUUUCAUAAUAGCAGAAUAGGGUCAACUUCAACCCCCAGAGUGCUCUUCCCUUGAUGAGCUAGAUUGUCUUGUAUAAGACAAAGUACAAUACUAAAGUAGGUUGCAUCAGGGUACGUUUUCUAGAAAAUGGGCCGGUCAAUUUUUACCGAGGGAAGCAUUGCAUGCACUGAUUAACUUGUUUGUAAAUAAAAUUUCCCUUUGACAAAUAAAAGGGGAGAGGGCAAUGCAGCCUAACCAGUUAAUUCUCUAAAUCUAACAUUACUAUCUUUGUUAAAUAGAAGACCAGGCAUAUGUUGCAAUGUGUUUGCUUCCAUACUUGUUGGAACGGAAUACAAAGGUGACCACAAAUCCAGAAUCCUUCCUUUAUCAGGUACAGUAGCCAAAUAUUUUACUAUGUGCAUGAAAUAACAGAACAAAAUGCACACAGGUGGCAAUGCAAAUAAGAUAAUUGAGAUAAAUAUGUUUCGAGUAUGAUAUCCCCCAACAGAAACUAUGCAUUGAUUUUGAAAUCAAUGAUUUUUGUAGCAAUUUUAUAAUCAAAUUGUUUUGACAUUUAUACAAAAUCGCUGAGAAUUUACUGAAAUGCAAAUACUGUAGAAUUAAAAUGUCUAUAUAUUUGGAAUAACCGUUGUUUUGUAUUUUACAUGAAGAAUGAUUGCAUUGUUUAACUUUUAAUUAACAGGUUGCUUUCUUUCAUAUAUUUUCAGUUUGGAGAGGUAGAAGAUAUAGCAAUGGAAUGCUCAGGAAUGGCACCAUUCCUAGUUUAA